AUGGCAAAAGCGAAAGCCACAUCGCCCUCAAAAGCGACCCCAGGUCGAAAACAGCGAUCCCCCAGCCCAGCAGUGCCGCUACGUCGCUCACCGAGAAAAGCAGUCAAGUCGGCGAAAAAGGCAGCCACGGAAGCACUCGCUGCGCCGGCAAAAGUCUUCAAACGCAAGGCGGUGAAGAAAUCCACGACCUCCGCCAAGAAGCCAGCGCGGUCACCGGUGCGGUCGACAGCGAAGAGGACCUCAGGCGCAACACCGCGAAAGCCUGGCGCUACGAAGGUUGUUGAGACCACUCCGGCAUCGAAAGGCUCCAAACCAAGAGGCCGUCCGAAGAAGGUUGGCAAGCUCGCGAGCUCGCCGCUCAAAGAUGCCAUGGUGGUCGUGCCGGCGGGCGAGCGCGAGUGGACGGACAGUCCAAAGAAGAAGAGUCCAGGGAAGAAGCAUGUCGCGGAAGCGCCUCGUAGGUUGAGGUCUUCAUCUGCCAGCCCAGGUGGAGAUCGACCAGACCUUCUGAUCGACAAGACCAGAAUGUUUAGUGUAGGAGGAGUGCGGACGAGCAUUGAAGCUGAGGGCUCGACUGGAGUCGCUCGUUCCAAGAGUCCGGGUCGAAGGGCUGUGGGUGGUGUCAGAGGUCGCUCUCGGAGCCCAGCCAAGUCGACGGCUACAAAGCCAGCACGUGAAAGGCGAAGUCAGAGUGGUGGAGCUGGUGCGAGAGCAUCUAGUAGCGAGCGACAAUCCAGAGCGCCAUGCAAGAGCCCGAGUCGCCAACGCUCUCAAUCGGCGACCCGGUCCAGCCUUCGCGAGAACUCUGGAAGUCCGGGUGCAGAUGCUCCCCUCCGUAUCGCCAAAACCCGCGGCCUACAAAGUCCCUCGAAGAAUGCUGCCAGAAGUCGCCAAGCCAGUCCGUCCAAAGCAUUACCGGGUCCUGCGACUUCUCGACAGCCAUCCGGCAGUUCUUCGCGCCAGCACGCCGCAAACUCGUCCAAGGCGCUACUGAAAGCCUUCAACGACCAGAACGACAGGCUCGGUAUCGAGCUGAGAAACAUCGAAGCACAAGCGUACAACGCUAAGAUGUCAGGUAGAACGGGAAUCGUACCCGCCAGCGCCGAUAAGCUCAACGCCGCGGAGCACGACUUCGCUACGCAGCGCGGCGUUCAGCGCGCCACAGAACAGCUGGCGCUCAACAAUGCUGCAAGCAAUGGCCCUGGUGGCAGACGUGCGCGGAACGCGAGUCCAAGCAAAGGCCAGGUGGAUGGUGACACGUCGACACGAAAUCCUCGUCGAAGCAAUGCUUCACCCUCCCGCGCACGAAGCACUGCCAUGGAUGACGCCCGACCGCUGCCACUCGACCAGCCCUCUGCCGCAGGGCGCGGAACGUGUCGGUCCGCCACGAAUCCCGAAUUCAUUCCAGGGACAGACAGGAAGAAUCCCUUCUUUGAAACGAUGCCUGCGGUGGAGGUCUGGCAUAAACGCAUGCCGCCCGUCUUGCCCUUUGGCGAUACGCCGUCGGUGGAGAAGGCGAUGAGCAAGCAAAUCAACGACGAUCUUGCGAAAGCGCGAGAGGAACCUGCCAAAUCAAGUGGUGUGUGGUCCACGGUGAAGUCGACCUUCAAGGCUGUGUUGGGCAAAUCCGCUGCGGAGAUCGAGUAUCCCGAUCCCUGGAAGCUUCCAGAUGUCCCCAAGGCGGAAGUCGACCGGGUCUAUCGCGAGCUUUACGAAGGUCUCUUUAACCCCAACUCUUCCAAACGCAAAGCAUCGGGGACGGGGCCGGGGAGGGCGGUUAAGCGUGCUCGGCGGGGCUCGGGCGAAUACCACAUGAGCGGUGCGCUGCAGUAG